UCUUUCUUCCAUUUCCGAUCCAUUUGUGUCAGAGGAUGAUCUCCCUUCCCUCAUGGAAGUCGCCGGGCUCUCUCGUCGCGGCUAUCGGUUUCCUUCUCAUCCUCGUCUCCUUCGCCCACAUGUUUUUGCCCCCGCUCCUCCCCUCCUUUGACUACUUCGGCGGGAGGAACGAAAGGUUGUCUGGUGGAGGAGCGAGUGAAGAUUUAGGGACCCGGUCUCCGGCCACCUCGCAUGUCCCGGUGACCUACCGCGGCGCGCCUUGGAAAGCUGAGAUUGGGAGGUGGCUCUCCCGUUGCGAUCCUUUAUCGGUUGCGGUCGAGGUCGUUGAGAAUAUAAGUGACAUGAUUUGCAAGGACGAGUGUGGCGGUCGAGGCGUAUGCAAUAGGGAAUUGGGGCAAUGCAGGUGCUUUCAUGGAUAUGCUGGUGAAGGAUGUGAAACAAAGUUGGAGCUUAAGUGUAAUCUUCCUCAUUCACCAGAACAACCUUAUGGCCCAUGGAUUGUAUCAAUAUGCCCUGCUUAUUGUGACACAACACGAGCAAUGUGUUUUUGUGGACAAGAAACAAAAUAUCCAAAUCGUCCAGUGGCAGAGGCUUGCGGAUUUAAAAUAAACUCACCUUCCAAACCUGGUGAUCCAAAAGUUACUAAUUGGACAAAGGCUGAUUUUGAAAAUAUUUUUACAACUAAUGGUUCCAAACCUGGAUGGUGCAAUGUAGACCCAGAGGAUGCAUAUGCUUCAAAAGUAAAAUUUAAAGUGGAAUGUGAUUGCAAGUAUGACUGUCUUUUGGGACAGUUCUGUGAGAUUCCAACAUUAUGUAGUUGUGUCAACCAGUGCUCUGGACACGGACAUUGUCGUGGUGGAUUUUGUGAGUGUGACAGAGGCUAUUAUGGGAUAGAUUGUAGUGUUCCAUCUGCCUUAUCACCUAUGCAAGAAUGGCCAGUAUGGCUUCGACCAGCUAAAGUUGAUUUACCUGACAAGGUAUCCAUCAAUGGUGAGCUUAUGACCAUCAAAGCUGUAGUAAAAAAGAAAAGGCCACUAAUCUAUGUUUAUGACCUGCCACCAGAGUUCAAUGCACACCUUCUUGAAGGUCGACAUUUCAAGUUUGAGUGUGUUAACAGAAUAUAUACAGACAAGAACAGGACAUUGUGGACAGAUCAAUUAUAUGGGUCACAGAUGGCACUCUAUGAGAGCAUUCUUGCUAGUCCUUAUCGAACAAUGAACGGUGAUGAAGCAGAUUUCUUAUAUGUUCCUGUUCUUGAUUCAUGUAUAAUUACUCGCGCAGAUGAUGCACCUCAUUUACGGAUGAAGGAACAAAAAGGUCUAAGAAGUUACUUUGCUUUGGAAUUCUACAAGAGAGUUUAUGAUCAUAUAGUUGAGAAGUAUCCUUACUGGAAUCGCUCUGCUGGGAAGGACCAUAUUUGGUUUUUUUCAUGGGAUGAAGGUGCUUGCUAUGCCCCAAAAGAGAUCUGGAAUAGCACUAUGUUAGUUCAUUGGGGCAAUACAAACUCAAAGCAUAAUCACUCUACAACAGCUUAUUGGGCCGACAACUGGGAUCCAAUUCCUUCUUCUAAAACAGGUACCCACCCCUGCUUUGAUCCAGAAAAGGAUCUUGUCCUUCCUGCAUGGAAAAGGCCUGAACCAGGUGCAAUAUGGGCAAAACUUUGGGCAAGACCACGCAAAGAGCGUACUACAUUAUUCUACUUCAAUGGAAACUUAGGACCUGCCUAUGAGAAUGGUAGACCUGAAGACACAUAUAGUAUGGGCAUUCGACAGAAGCUUGCUGAGGAAUUUGGUUCUACACCUAACAAAGCGGGCAAGUUUGGGAGACAACAUACUCCAAACGUAACUGUUACCAAUAUGCGCUCUUCCAAGUAUUAUGAUGAUGUAGCUAGCUCUAUCUUCUGUGGUGUCUUGCCUGGGGAUGGAUGGAGUGGACGCUUGGAAGAUAGCAUUUUGCAAGGAUGCAUUCCUGUAAUAAUUCAGGAUGGUAUCUACCUUCCAUAUGAGAAUGCCCUGGACUACAGUAGCUUUUCGGUUAGAAUUCAAGAAGAUGAGAUUACAAACUUGCUUCAAAUUCUUCAGCGGUUAGAUGAGACAGAAAUAGAUCUUAUGUUGGCAAAUCUACAUCAAAUCUGGCAGAGGUUUCUAUAUCGUGAUUCUGUGCUGCUUGAAGCUCAAAGGCAAAAGAAAAUUUUCCCCGAUGAGGAAGGAUGGGCAGUAGAAUUCUCUAAAUUGGAGGAAGAUGAUGUCUUCGCGACAUUUAUACAGAUGCUGCAUUAUAAACUGCAUAAUGAUCCAUGGAGACGAAAUCUAGCCCGAGCGAGGGAUUAUGGCAUGCCAAAUGCUUGCUUGAGAAGAAAACUUUAGUAUUCUUCAAGAACAUUAAUUCCACGCAAAUUCUUUGGAUCCCACAACAGAAGAGGUAAAUUGUACAGAUAGCUGUUCCCCAUCAAUUAUUUGGCACGUACAUGUUUCCACAAGCAUACGGAAGCAUUCUCUUGGCCCAUAUUUUGAUCCAAAUGAGGAAUUAUUUAGAGAGAAGAUUGGACAAUUUUGUCAAAGGUACGCUGGAUUCUCCGUCUUUUUUAAGUGAGCUUCUGUUCUUUAAUAUCAUCCAAUUACUUCUCAAUU